CUCUUUUUUUUCUUUCGCACGAAGCACCGCACCUGGCGAGCCACUGCGCAGCUGCGGCAGUGGUCAGCGGCGCGACGCUCCAGCGUCUGCACCGCGUCUGCACCGCGGGAUGUUGGCGCGGAGAGAAACGGAGGAGGAGGGCGGAUGAGAGCAGGAAGAGAUGGACGCAAGUGAAGGAGGAGAAGAUGAGAGCUGAUGUGGAGGCGGCGCUGUCGGCCGGAUUGCAGGAGAAGGCCAUCCAGUGCCGGGACGUGUGUCGAUCGUACGGCAAGCUGAAGGUCCUCAGCAACCUCAACCUGACUGUGCCACAAGGACAAAUCUACGGCUUGCUGGGUCCCAGUGGCUGUGGCAAGACCACCCUGCUGAAGUGCAUCGUUGGAACUCUGAAAAUAUCUCGUGGGCACAUCACCGUUUUGGGAAAGCCACCGGCGUUUCCUGGUCACGAGGUUCCCGGCAAGAUGGUCGGAUACAUGCCUCAGGAUCUGGCCUUGUACACCGAGUUCACCAUCAGCGACACGCUCAACUUCUACGGCCGAAUCCACGGACUGACGUCGAAGGAAACACAGUCCCGUAUGGACUUCCUCGUUGACUUCUUGGACCUUCCCCAGAAGCAGAGUCUGAUACGAAACCUGAGCGGCGGUCAGAAGCGCAGGGUGUCUCUCGGUGCCGCGCUGCUUCAGAAUCCCGAGCUGCUCAUUCUGGACGAGCCCACGGUCGGAGUUGACCCGGUUCUGAGGUCAAAGAUUUGGCAGCACCUGGUGGACAUAGUGAAGACGGGGAAAGUGUCUGUCAUCAUCACCACGCACUACAUCGAGGAGGCCCGGCAGGCAAAUGUGGUGGGUCUGAUGCGGAACGGUCGCCUGCUGGCGGAGGGUCACCCUGACACCGUCAUGAAGCAGCACAGUGCCUCAACCCUGGAAUGUGCCUUCCUCCAGCUGUGCGAGUCGUCGGACCAGAACGGCGUGGUCCAGGGCUCCAGUCCGCAGGACGGGGGGCUGCAGGGCAGCCAGUCUUUCGGCAGCAACAAGGACGAGAGUCGACCUAUCCUGGGCUCUGCAGAGUCAGGCGGACUUCAGAAGUAUUCAGCGUCCUGGAAGGUGCGCACCUGCCACAUGCUGCCCACCUGGAGAAACAUCGUGGCCCUGGUCAUUAAGAACCUGGUGCGGAUGAAGAGGACGCCGGGAGCGUUGUGUUUCCAGUUCUUGCUGCCCGUCAUCCAGAUCUCCCUCAUUUGUCUGUGCAUCGGAGGAGAUCCCAGCGGGAUCAAGGUGGCGGUGGUCAACAACGAGACCUCCCCCUACGGCUACAGCCACUCGCUGCUGGACUUCAUCGAUAACUCCAGCGUGGAACAGCUGCCUUUGUCUCACAAAGAAGCCUUUGCUGGGAUCUAUGACGGCGAGUACUGGGGGGUCAUCGGCUUCGGGGAGAACUUCACCAGCUACUUGACUAAAAGGAUGGUGCAGCGGCAGGUUUCCAGAGACGUGGUGGAUGGAGGGUCGGUCCACAUCUGGCUGGACUUCACAAAUCGUCAAAUUGCCCUCAUGCUCCAGAAGAAACUGCACGAGGCCUUUCAGAGUUUUGUGGACAGCAAGAUGGGCACCAUGUCCUACCUGGUGGAUCUACCUGUCAAGUUUGAGAAGCCGAUAUACGGCAGCGAGGACACCGACUUCACCACGUUUGUCACCCCUGGAUCGGUUCUGAGCAUCACCUUCUACCUGGCUCUGGGUCUGACCGCGCUCUCCUUUGUUCUGGACAGAAAGGAGGGGCUCCUGGACCGAUGCUGGGUCGCAGGUGUGAGCUCCCUGGAGACGAUGCUGGCCCACCUCUUCUCUCAGCUGCUCAUCAUCAGUGUCCAGAUCAUCCUGCUGCUCAUCUUCAUCCUGCUGGUCUUCAAGACUCCCAACGAGGGCUCCCUCGUGCUGGUCAUCAUCCUCAUCGUGCUGCAGGGGGUCUGUGGCAUCUCCUUCGGCCUGGUCAUCUCAGCCGGGAUCGACGACGAGCAGAGCGCCAAUCAGGCCGCCCUGGGCCUCUUCUACCCCAACCUCAUCCUCAGCGGUAUCAUCUGGCCUGCCGAGUGUAUCCCGUAUCCCCUGCGCUACCUCAGCCUGGCGCUGCCUCAGACCUACGCCUCUGAAGCCCUGCGCUGCAUCAUGUACCGAGGUUGGGAUCUGACCCGCAUGAUGGUGUGGCGAGGCUUCGCCGUCACUCUGGCGUGGAACGCCUUCUUCCUCAUCCUGGCCACGGUCAUCCUGAAGCUGAGGACGUGACCGACUCCUGCGCCAGACCUCCAGUAGCCGACUCCGACCCGGGCGGGGGCUGUAGGAAGCACGGCGGCGGUGGCGGCUGCGUCCUGGCUCUGCUCCUCCUCUGGGUCACUCUGGGACACCUCACCUCUGCAGAGAGCAGCGCCUCCGCCUGGGACGCCGCCAGAAAAAACACACACCAGCCAUGACUUUUGUGCACGUCCACUUUCAUGAAGAAUUGUACCCUGAAGUUUUGUGUUUGCUCACUGUCCUGCAGUGGACUGGUAGAAGAAGAAACUAUAAUCCUGGAUGUCGUGGGAACCAACUGUCCUCUUGUCCGUCGGCUGUACACAAACCACCUGUUUAGUUUCAGGCUUGAAUUCAGAUGGUGUUGGGGAAACUUUAUGUUGAACAAUCCACUUUGCUGGAAAGAGUGGACAUGUCAUGUUUUUACACUUUAUUGUUGACCUGCGAGGACAAGAGAAAAUAAACAAGCAGCGAGGAACCAUGGCGAGCGUGCGCACUCUGUCGCCUGGGAGGAGGAGGAGGAGGAGGACUGGGGUCUGGAGGGUCUUCAUGUCACGUCGCCGUGUGUGCAGCACAGUGAGGAGGAAACAGGAAACGGUAGUGUCACACACGGUGACAGACGCCGUGAGUCUGUGGCAUUUAGACCUAGUGAAACAGUGAAUGGAAUGUUUUGGCUACAGAACCUUAAAUCAUGACUCCAGAGAGAAACGUGAGGCCAGUUCACUGGCUUCUUUCAGUGGAGGAAAUCUGCUAUUCAAGUUCAUCAGAAGGUUAGGAACUAUUUCUGAAGAUUCUAUACCAUAGAAUAUUACAUUACGUGUUUGCUUUGAAAGGCUCAUUAUUUCAAAUGAUAAAAGAAAAAAA